AAGUGUAGAAUGGCGGGUGAGGAAAAUGAGAAUGAAGCCUCUGGAAGCGGUUGUAACGGUUGUUCAAGUGAAUCCUGUCAUGCUGGUCAGCCUAAGAAAGGAACAAGCAAAGCUCAGGAGGAAGCAAUGAUUAAGAAGUUGGGGCAACAGUUGAUGACAAUGCAGACAAAUAACAAGUCUAUACCAAAGAGCGAAGACGAGGCCAAACAUCGGAACUAUCAGUUCUGGUCCACCCAGCCGGUCCCUUCAUUCCACACCGACACGGAGGGUAAGAAUGGUCCAAUAGAAGAGGAUAAGCCCCUGGCUGAAGUACGACAGGAACCUUUCUCUCUGAUCAAAGGGUUCGAAUGGAGCAACGUAGAUCUCAACGACGAGAAGCAGCAGUCAGAGUUAUACCAGCUACUCAACGAAAAUUAUGUUGAAGAUGAUGAUAAUAUGUUCAGAUUUGACUACUCAGCUGCAUUCCUGAAAUGGGCACUGAGGCCACCAGGAUGGAGGGAAGAGUGGGCUUGUGGUGUCAGGGUCAGCACUAACAAGAAACUUGUGGCUUUUAUCAGCGCUAUCCCAGCUACCAUAGAGAUACACGGCAAAGAAAAGCACAUAGUUGAGAUAAACUUCCUGUGUGUCCACAAGAAGAUGAGAAGUAAGCGUGUAGCCCCGGUGCUGAUAAGAGAGAUAACACGACGUGUUAAUGCUACUGGUGUGUUCCAGGCUGUGUAUACUGCUGGGGUGGUCCUGCCUAAACCUAUUGCUACCUGCAGGUACUGGCAUAGAUCCCUGAACCCAAAGAAGCUGAUUAACGUCCAGUUUGCUUCACUGAGCAAGAACAUGACUAUGCAGCGAACUAUAAAGCUGUACAAACUACCUGAGACACCACGGACUCCAGGGUUCAAGCCUCUCGAGAAGCGUCACAUGGAGAAAGCCUGCAAAUCUCUCAAUGAUUACCUCUCUAAGUACAAGCUCCAUCAGCAGUUCUCAAUUGAGGAGUUCGAACAUUGGUUCCUACCGAGGAAGGAUAUCGUGUACAGCUACGUGGUAGAGACGCCCAACGGGGAUGUCACGGACUUUGUCAGCUUCUAUUCCCUGUCCUCAACGAUCAUGAACCACCCACAGUAUAAAAGUCUGUUCGCAGCCUACUGUUUCUACUACUUUAACGGAAGUUUGUCACUGAAAGAUCUUAUGUACGAUACCCUUAUUAUGGCUAAGAAAAACAACUUUGACGUAUUCAAUGCUCUAGAUCUGAUGGAGAACAAGCCCAUUCUGGAGGAUCUUAAGUUUGGUAUGGGUGACGGUAACCUUCACUACUACAUAUUUAACUGGGUGUGUCCCAAUAUAGAACCCUCACAAGUGGGUCUCGUCCUCCAAUAACCAUCUCAAGACCACCUCUAACUAGAUUUCUUACUGAACGGGGGAUUUACAGUGCGACUCUCGAAAGUAUUUUUCUAACUAUGUUUUUAGCUUUCUAUAAUUUAUUUGAUUUAAAGAGGGGAAGUAAAGAGAACUGGCAUAAUAUUGUGCAGGUGUGAUUAUGCCUUUUAAGGGCAUAUGUUUACCACGAAUUUGUCUAAUUCUGAAAUUCAUGCCUACAUAUAAGCUUUGUAUGUGCGUAUUCAACGGACUUAGGAUCUGCGCUGUGGCUUUGAAUUAUAUCAAAACCACAAAUACUGAGCACUUUUAUUUCUUUAAUAUCCAGUCAUUAGUCAUAAUUUGUCGAUUCACUGUUGACUUUGAUGAGAGUACAUUUUAAAGAAUUAAAAAUGCAGCCAUAGGGGAAUGAUGAAUAAAUAUGAACAUACUACAUCACAAUGUAGAUAUAGAAUUCAGGUUGAAUAACUGAAUAUUUAAUAAUUGCAGAGCAGACUAAAAUUAUAUGUUCCACGAAAGAUGUUUCUGUUUAUUGUGGAUUUGUUAGUUAGAAACUUGAAGAUAA